AAUAUGAAGUCACCCAAAAUCAACAGGAAGCCAGCUGUAAAUGCUCCAAAAUAAACUGAACGCCACUCAAAAUUAUAGGAAGUGACUCGUAAAUGCCCCAAAAUUGCGACUGAACGCACGUCCCAAUCAAAACGGAUUGAACGCCUAGCGCCGCCAAUGGCAGCUAACAGGUUAAUGAAGAAGAAUGAUUUUUUUUUUUUUAAACUUUAUUUGUUCUCGGUCAAAAAAUAGACUCGUGAGGUUGUUGGCCGAGUGCCGGAGUUGUGCCGUUCGUCGCCCGCCAGUUCUCCUCCGUGUUUUCAUUGGCGCGCGCAUUCGUGUGCUAAACGCGCACGUUGCGCACAGUGAAAAGAACAACAGGGGGGAAAAAGAUAAAGAAUGCGCUGAAAUGAAAAACUGGUUUGCUAGCUUCAAGUAGGGUUGUAAGAAAGCUUUGUAGCCCAAACGUUUAUCGAUAUUUUCCCGCCAAGAAUCGGUAUAUCGUUUUAAAAAGGUGUCACUGUUUAAAACAAAGAAAAGGAAACAACAGGUUGCUAGCAAAAUCUUCCAUUAGUAUAGUGUGAACAUUAGCUCAAUGGCGCACUGAAACCAGAGCAUUCACAGCAUCACAGUCUUUUUUGGGCAUUUACAGGUCACUUCCUGUUCAUUUUAGGGCAUUUACAGGUAAUUUCCUGUUUUAUAGGUGUUAGAUUUGAAGCUAGGUUCAUGUACAUCUAGCUUGGCUAAAAAGAACACGCAAGAAGUCAAUGUAGCUUUUGUGGAGGUUGCUAGCUACUCCGCAGUUGCAGUUAGAGCAACCUUCUUUAUUCAGGGGCAAACAAUAGGAUGGGAGGGGCAGGAAAAAAACAUAGAACACAGAAUAGAAUACAUAGAGUACAAGACCCAGGACAAAUGAAAGGCUGACUAGACAGAAGUUAUCCUAUUUUGUGACUCACUAUAAUACAGAAAGCAUAAAUGUUAACUGUAUGCAUAACAAUUCUAAGAAUGGUUUGGGGCAUUUCUGGGUCACUUUCUUUUGAUUUUGAGUAACUUCCUGUAGAUUUUGGAUCAUUUCUUGUUGGUUAUAGGGCAUUUUAGGUCACUUCCUGUUUAUUUGUAACUUCCUGUUGGUUUUGGAACAUAUCAUUUUGGAUGAUUUCUUGUUCAUUUUAGGGUAUUUCUAGGUUACUUGCUGUUGGUUUAGGGGCAUUUUUGGACCACUUCCUGUUGAUUUCGGGUCACUUCCUGUAGAUUUUGGAUCAUUUCUUGUUGGUUAUGGGACAUUUCUAGGUCACUUCCUGAUUAUUGGGCACAUCCUGUUGGUUUUAGGGCAUUUCGGGUCAAUUCCUUUUCAUUUUAAGUUACUUCCUGUAGAUUUUGGAUCAUUUAUUGUUGGUUACAGGGCAUUUGUAGGUCACAUCCUGUUGGUUUUGGGGCAUUUGUGGUUCACUUUCUUUUGAGUUUGGGUCACUUACUGUACAUUUUGGAUCAUUUCUUGUUGAUUUUAGGGCAUAUCUCAGUCACUUCCUGUUUAUUAGUAACUUUCUGUUGGUUUUGUGGCAUUUCUGGGUCACUUCCUGGAGAUUUUUGAUCAUUUCUUGUUGAUUUCAGGGCAGUUCGAAGUCACUUCCUGUUGGAUUUGGGGCAUUUCUGAGUCACUUUCUUUUGAUUUUGGGUCACUUACUGUCCAUUUUGGAUCAUUUCUUGUUGAUUUUAGGGCAUUUCUUGGUCACUUCCUGUUAGUUUAAGGGCGUUCCUGGACCACUUCCUGUUGGUUUAGGGGCAUUCUAUGUCAUUUCCUGUUGAUUUUGGGUCACUCUCGAUAGGUUUUGGAUCACUUCUUGUUGGUUAUGGGGCAUUUCUAGGUCACUUCCUGUUUAUUGGUCAUUUCCUGUUGGUUUUGGGGCAUUUCUGAGUCACUUCCUUUUGAUUUUGGGUCACUCCUUGGAGAUUUUUGAGAAUUUUGUGUUGAUUUUAGAGCAUUUCUAGGUCACUUCCUGUUUAUUGGUCACUUCUGUUGGUUUAAGGGUAUUCCUGGGCCACUUCCUGUUGGUUUAGGGGGAUUUCUAUGUCAUUUUCUGCUGAUUUUGGGUCACUCUCUAUGGGCUUUGGAUCACUUCUUGUUGGUUAUGGGGCAUUUCUAGGUCACUUCCUGUUUAUUGGCCAUUUCCUGUUGGUUUUGGGGCAUUUCUGAGCUACUUCUUGUUGAUUUGGGGUCACUUACUCUAGAUUUUGGAUCAUUUCUUGUUGCUUAUAAAACAUUUCUAGGUCAUUCCUGUUUGUCACAUCCUGGUGGUUUUGGGGCAUUUCUGGGUUACUUCCUUUUAAUUUGGGUCACUUCCAUUGUGGAUCAUUUAUUGUUGAUUUUAGGGCAUUUCUAGGUUACUUCCUGUUCAUUGGUCACUACCUGUUGGUUUAAGGGCAUUUCUGAGCCACUUCCUGUUGGUUUCAGGUCAUGCACUGUAGAUUUUGGAUAAUUUCUUUUUUAUUUUAGGGCAUUUCUAGAUCACUUCCUCUUCAUUGGUCACUACCUAUUGGUUUCGGGGCAUUUCUGGGUUACUUUCCAUGGAUAUGUGGUUUAUUGUGUGAUUUUGAGUCACUUUAUAUUCAUUUUGGAUAAUUUCUUGUUGAAUUUAUGGCAUGUGUAAGUCGCUUCCUGUUAGUUUUGUGGCACUUCUGGGUCACUUUCUUUUGAUUUUGGGUCACUUCCUAUGCAUUGUUGAUCAGUUCUUGUUGAUUUUAGGGCAUUUCUAGGUUACUUCCUGUUUAUUGGUCACUUUCUGUUGGUUUAGGGGCAUUUCUGGGCCACUUCCUCUUGAUUUCAGGUAGAGAUAGACCUAUCGAUUUUAAAUGGAUGUCAUUGAGCAAUCAAGCAGAUAGACCGAUUAUCGGCCGGGCCAAUUACCAGCGCCGAUAUUUGGAAAUUUGACGUAUGUCGGUAUCGGCCUUUCUUUUAAUCCAACUAGCCUGUUCUUGAGCUAUUAUUUUUUAUUUGUGUGAUUCAAUAAAUAUGUUUUAGGCCAGGAGUCCGGUCCUCGAGAACCCCAAUCCAGCUUGUUUUCCAUGUCUCCCUCCUCGAACACACCUGAAUCAAAUAAUCAGGAUUGAGGAAAUUUAUUUUUUUUAUUUUCAGGAAAUGCAGCUGUUGUUUUAUUUUUUAAGUAAAUUUAAAAAUACAUAAACAUUAUCAUUAACUAGAAACUGCAAUUUCGGGAGAAAUUACUUCUGGUCUUUGCCAUGUGGAGAUACAGAUCUUAGCCCCAGCCUAGGUUGGUUUGAGGACAAUUCGGGGACAAUAUUAGGUCACUUCCUGUCUAUUUGGGGACAUUUAUGGGGCCUGGGAUAAUGAUAUCAGGUCAUUUGGGAGGCGUGGCCUAUUCGUAUCAGGUCAUUUGGGAGCAUUUGGGGGCGGGGCCUAGUCAUAUCAGGUCAUUUGGGAACAUUUAGGGUUAAUAAUAAUAAUACAAAACAGUUAUAAUUGGGAAAAUCCAGUCUACAUGGACUUUUAUAAUUAAGAGUUUUAAAACAUAGGCAGAGAUUAAAAACAUGAAAAGUGGUGGUUGCAGUACCAACUCCCUCCACGCGAGAGCGGUAAAUCCAGCUCGAGGCACCACACAACCGCGGAAGUUAUGUUGUUUGUGUCUAAACUAGCUUCCUGUUCCUGACUUUUGCUUGUACUAUUUACAAAUUGACCUACGCAUAUAUUCUGUCGUUAUUUUAGCCAACUGUUAAUUUUGUCACAUUUUAAACGCACGUUUCCUCCUUUAGUUAGCAUUUUUUUGCGGCGGCCUACACUGUGGGGGGCUCCACUGCAACGAGUCAGCUACUAAUGCUAAUGCUAACGUGAGCCGAGUGAUGGCCGUCGACGCACUUUUCUUUUUGCAUAAUUUUUGACAAAUUCCGAGUCGCUUCGCCAUGACCAGCGAGGAAGCCAAAAGCGUCACGGCGGUCAACGACGACGACGCCGUUUCCGCGACUCCGUCCGAGUCCAACGAGCAUGACUACGCCGAUACUGACUCCGCCGUCGCAGGAGCUGAGCUUCCACCGUGCACCGGGCAAGAAGACGAGGAGGAGGAGGAAGACACACCUGGAAAAGCGGCCGUGCGGCGAAACCGUCGGCCGGCUAAAGUCUUGGAGGAAAAUAAGUGUUGCUGCUGCAAUGGCCCGUUCGAGCGUCAGGGCCGCGGCUUCUGCCGCCGGGCCGUGUUCACCUUCACCACCCCGGAGACGGUCCAGUGGGUCUUCCCGUCGGCCGGCGCCGUCGACAAAAAGUCCUUUGUGUGCGAGACGUGCGCGCAGGUCGUCCGCAGCAAAUGCUGCCGCAAGAGCAGCGGCAAACGGACGGUGUGGCUCCGACCGGCCCGCGGCGGCAAGAAAGGCGAGCGAGGGGGCAAAAAAAGCCGGGCGGCGCUGCUGGUGUCCAAGUCGUGCUACCGUGCCGCUUUCCGCAUGUUGUGGUCGGCCAAGGGCGCCCGCAAGCCCAUGAUGGACUUUUUGAGUCGCGAGCUGCGCGAGGAGAUGAAGGCGCUGUCGCGCCAUGCUGACAGCCCCUUUCACCAGAAAGUGUCCAGCAAGAAGCUGCUCUCCUUAUUCCCGUGGGCGCAGUGUCUGACGUGGGCGCAGGAGCACGCACCGCUGGUCACCACCUGCCUGCGAUCGCUCUUCCCCACCGUCAACGCUCUGGUCAGGAGCAGGAAUCAUAUGUCGGCGUCAGAGGCGGAGCUCCAGGUGCUCCGGCGCAGCGUGCUGACGCUGGCUGUGCCGCUCUUCACCAGGAAUAUCUGGACCAACAACUUCCUGCAGGCCGCGCUGGGGGCCAAACUGCGGCUCCAGGGCUGCUCGGGUCCCGCCCUGGACACCCUCAAUAGCCUGGGCCUCUGCCAAAACAAGGACACCGUGCGUCUGCGCCUCAACCGCCUGCGACACCCGCACGACCAGACGAACGGAGACGAGACACGAGAUCAAAUGGCCGACGUGGAAGAAGACGAUGUGGAGGAGGAUGAUGAGGAAGAGCAGGAGGAGGGGGAGGAGGAGGAGGAAGAAGAAGAGGAGGAAGAAGAUGAUCAGGAGACGAAAAAGAGGAGGAGGGGGAAGAAGAGGACACGGGACGAGGAGGAGGAGGAGGAUGAAGAGGAGAGGAAGAGGAAGGUGGUGGUGGUGCGUCUGGGCCUGCUGAAAGGACACUCGGAGGUGGGACGAGCCGAUUUGUCCGCCCCUUAAACUGCCGCAAAGCAGCCUGGGAAAUGGAGACGUCCCAUCAGACCCACAUUUACUAUAUUGAGAUAUUAAUUUCCACUGAGGACGUCACUCACAGCCCUUCCGUAUGGUAACGCCUGCUGCUGACGGAUUGUACCAACUCAAAGGGGUGUCCCAACAACUAGCACAAAGGAACGGAACCCUUGCAGCACAAACAAUUGAUACCAUUGUUAGCCAUUUUGAAUCAAAAUGGUGGGCCGGUUGACCUCAAAUUGGAAAUAUAUAUUAAAACAAAACUUUUUACAGCACAAACGUAGCAAAAAAAACGAUUGACAUUUUUCUAUAAAUUUGUGACUGCUGCGGGGCCAACUUCACAGAGGGGAAAUAGAGGCUUGUUGACAUUUCAAAAACAAAACAAAGAUGUCCGUUCAAACUGUAAAUAUCAACACAAAUAAUACUAAUAAUAAAAAGAAUUGCAAGGUAAUAUUUUUAUUUUUGGGGGGGUGUGUGGGGGGGCAUAAAGGAACAUUUUUUAAAAAUUAAAAACGACCAUGUAUAGCAAGGCUUUUUUUCCCCUUAAAAAAACGACCAUGGAUAAUACAGCCUUUUUUAAAAUUUUCAAAACAACCAUGUUUCAUAAAGCUUUCUUCUAAAAACGACCAUGUAUAGUAAGGCUUUUUAGUCAAAAAAAAAAAAAAAAAAGACCUUGUAUAGUAAGGCUUUUUUUCCUUCUAAAAACCAUGUUCAGUAAGGCUUUUUUUGUCAAAAAGACCAUGUAUAGUAAGGCUUUUUUUUUGUCAAAAAAACCUUGUAAGGCUUUUUUCCUUCUAAAAACAAGGCUUUUUUGUUAAAAAAAAAAAAAAACAAUACUAAGGCUUUUUUCCUUCUAAAACAACCAUGCAUAGUAAGGCUUUUAGCUCUUAAAAAAUAAUCAUCUAUAGUAAGGCUUUUUGUUAAAAGAUCAUGUAUAGUAAGGCUUUUUUUGUCGAAAAAAAAGACCACGUAUAGUCAGGCUUUUUUUCCUCCUAAAAACAUCUAUGUAUAUAGUAAGGCUUUUUAGCUCUUAAAAAUGAUCAUGUAAGGUGAGGCUUUGUGUCAAAAAAAAAAAAAAAAAAUAGUAAGGCUUUUUUUUUUUUUUUUUUUUUUUUUUUUGGUCAAAAAAAAAAAAAAAAACCCAGACCACGUGUAGACCACGUGUAGUAAGGCUUUUUUCCUCCUAAAACAUCUAUUUAUAGUAAGGCUUUUUAACUCUUAAAAAUCAUGUAACGUGAGGCUUUUUGUCAAACCCCAAAACAAAACAUGUAUAGUAAGGCUUUUUUUCUUGACUAAAUGACCAUGUAUAUUGUAUAGUAAGGUUUUUUUCUUCUAAGUACGCCCAUGUAUAGUAAGGCCUUUUUAUCAAAAAAAACAAACAAAAAAAGACCAUGUAUAGUAAGGUGUUUUUCUUCUAAAAACGACCAUGUAUAGCAAGGCUUUUUUUUACAUUAAAAAAAAAGACCAUGUACAGUAAGACUUUUUUUCAUCUAAAAACGACCAUGUAUAGUAAGGCUUUUUUGUCCCCCAAAAAAACCAACCAUGUAUAGUAAGGUGUUUUUCUUCUAAAAACGACCAUGUAUAGUAUGGCUUUUUUUAUAUAUAUAAAAAAAAUGACCAUGUACAGUAAGGCUUUUUGUCAAAAAGAAGACCGUGUAUAGUAAAGCUUUUUAGCUCUUAAAAAUGAUCAUGUAAAGUGAGGCUUUUUGUCCCCCCCCCCAAAAAAGACCACGUGUAGUAAGGCUUUUUUUCCUCCUCAAAACAUCUAUGUAUAGUAAGGCUUUUUAACUCUUAAAAAUCAUGUAAAGUGAGGCUUUUUGUCAAAAAUAAAAGACCAUGGAGAGUAAGGCUUUUUUCUUCUAAAAACGACCAUGUAUAGUAAGGCUUUUUUGUCAAAAAAACCCCAAAACAAAACAUGUAUAGUAAGGCUUUUUUUGUAUUUAAAAAAAUGACCAUGCACAGUAAGACUUUUCUUCUAAAAACGACCAUGUAAAGUAAGGCUUUUUUUGUAUUUAAAAAAAUGACCAUGUACAGUAAGACUUUUCUUCUCAAAACGACCACGUAUAGUAAGGCUUUUUUGUCAAAAAACCCCAAAACAUGUAUAGUAAGGCUUUUUUUCUUAACUAAAUGACCAUGUAUAUUGUAUAGUAAGGUUUUUUUCUUCUAAAAAAAACCAUGUAUAGUAAGGCUUUUUUGUAUUAAAAAAAUGACCAUGUACAGUAAAACUUCUAAAAACAACCAUGUGGAGUAAGGCUUUUUUGUCAAAAAAAAAACCCAAAACAAAACAUGUAUAGUAAGGCUUUUUUUCUUAACUAAAUGACCAUGUAUAUUGUAUAGUAAGGUUUUUUUCUUCUAAAAACGACCAUGUAUAGUAAGGCUUUUUUUGUAAAAAAAAAGACCAUGUGUAGUAAGGUGUUUUUCUUCAAAAAACGACCAUGUAUAGUAAGGCUUUUUUGUCCAAAAAAAAAAAAAAAAAAAACAUGUAUAGUAAGGCUUUUUAACUAAAUGACCAGUGUAUAUUGUAUAGUAAGGUUUUUUUCUUCUAAAAACGACCAUGUAUAGUCAGGCUUUUUUUGUCAAAAAAAAAAAAAAAAACGACCAUGUAUAGUAAGGUGUUUUUCUUCUAAAAACGACCAUAUAUAGUAAAGCUUUUUUGUCAAAAACCCCUAAAACAAAACAUGUAUAGUAAGGCUGUUUUUCUUAACUAAAUGACCAUGUAUAUUGUAUAGUAAGGUUUUUUUCUUCUAAAAACAACCAUGUAUAGUAAGGCUUUUUUGUAUUAAAAAAAAUGACCAUGUACAGUAAGACUUCUAAAAACAACCAUGUGGAGUAAGGCUUAUUUGUCAAAAAACCCCAAAACAAAACAUGUAUAGUAAGGCUUUUUUUCUUAACUAAAUGACCAUGUAAAUUGUAUAGUAAGGUUUUUUCCUUCUAAAAACGACCAUGUAUAGUAAGGCUUUUUUGUAUUGAAAAAAUGACCAUGUACAGUAAGAAUUCUAAAAACAACCAUGUAUAGUAAGGCUUUUUAGCUCUUAAAAAUGAUCAUGUAAAGUUAGGCUUUUUGUCAAAAAAAAUAAAAGACCAAGUAUAGAGUCUACCCACGCACCACGUGUUCGCUGUAGGGUUCCGCCCACUUGUCCGUCAUUUUGACUCUGUAUUUGCAUUGAUUUCAAUUGAUGGCGCAAUUUAAAAUGCAUUUCAUGGAAGACCCGGUGCUUUCUGAUGCCGCAAACUCACUGGAUCUGUUGCAUAAAAGGCGUUAUGAGGAAAAGCUUCGUUCUAUACAGUCGCCAGAUCCAUAUUUGAUGCCCAAAUCGAUGUUUUUCGACCCACUGUCUUCGCCCUGUCUGCCUGACAUCUCCUACGCUGAUAUUUAAAAUGAUCUUGUCCACACAAAAUCAGCCUAUUCUCACGAAAAACUUCAAGAGCUUGGACGCUUAUGAAUACUUCGUUGCUGGUUGGGUGAAACAGGUCCUCGUUUGGCAGGAAUCUAUCUUGUGCUUGGAAAGGUGAGUUACGAAAUUUUCAAUUCGAAUUCUUUUGUUAUUGCUAACAUCCACUGUCAAGUCUAAUGUAUUUCAUGUCGUUUGUCAAUGGAGUUAAGGCUUUUAAUGUUUAUAUGGUUUAGCGAUAGCACGCACUACAUACAUACGUGUAUGUUGUCGGCGAUUAGCCUAGCAAUGAUCUUAAUUGUGGUUAUUUGUCAGCCCCGUAGACGAGGCCAGUUUCCCUCACUUGGUACCAGCUAAAUAUUAUUCAAAAAAUAUCGAUGGUGGAAGAAAGGGAAGUCACAAACAUCUUGAAUUUGAAACUAUGUCGUACUACGUCGUAUGUUGUCGGCGAUUAGCCUAGCAAUGAUCUUAAUUGUGGUUAUUUGUCAGCCCCGUAGACGAGGCCAGUUUCUUUUACUUGGUACCAGCUAAAUAUUAUUCAAAAAAUAACGAUGGUGGAAGAUAGGGAAGUCACAAACAUCUUGAAUUUGAAACUAUGUCGUACUACGUCGUAUGUUGUCGGCGAUUAGCCUAGCAAUGAUCUUAAUUGUGGUUGUCAGGCCAAAACCCUCUAAAUAUAUAUUAAAUGCAUCUUACCGGAUAUAAAAUGACUACUACAUAGUCUGUGGUGAUUUUUUGGUGUCCAAUUUUCACGUCGAAUUGCAGCCGUCCAUUUCGCUCUUCUAUUUGGAUCCCUCGGAAUACGGUAAAAUUUCAAGUCUCUCCUUCCAUCUUCUCUGUUAGUGCAACCAACAGCCACACACGCCUUCACCAUUUUGAUUAUUAAUGUUAAGGAGCAGAAAAACACGCCGUAAAUAGGAGAAAUGUACGUAGCCGUAAUAGGUUAACACUAUGUUUUGACGGACAAGUGGGCGGAACCCUACGCGAACACGUGGUACGUGGGUAGACUCUAUAGUAAGGCUUUUUUCUUCAAAAAAUGACCGUGUAUAGUAAGGCUUUUUUGUCAAAACCCCCCAAAAUAAAACAUGUACAGUAAGGCUUUUUUCUUAACUGAAUGACCAUGUAUAUUGUAUAGUAAGGUUUUUUUCUUCUAAAAACGACCAUGUAUAGUAAGGCUUUUUUGUCAAAAAAAAAAUACUAUGUAUAGUAAGGCUUAUUAGGUCUUGAAAAGCGACCAUGUAGUGAAAAGCUUUUUUCCUUUUCAAAACGAUCAUGUGUAGUAAAGCUUUCUUCUAAAAACGACCAUGUAUAGCAAGGCCCCCAAAAAAACGACCAUAUAUGGUAAGGUGUUUUUCUUCUAAAAACGACCAUGUAUAGUAAGGCUUUCAGCUCCUAAAAAAUGAUCAUGUAUAGUAAGGCUUUUUGCCCAAAAAAAUCAUGUAUCAUAAGGCUUUUUUUUUUGGUCCAAAAAAAAAAAAAAAAAAAAAUUCCACGUAUAGUAAGGCAUUUUUUCCUUCUAAAAACAACCAUGCAUAGUAAGGCUUUUAGCUCCUAAAAAUGAUCAUGUAUAGUAGGAGUGGGAACCUCAGGGCACCUCACGAUACGAUACGAUUCGCGAUACAAGGCUCACGAUAACGAUUAUCUCACGAUAUCACGAUGCAGCGAUUUUCGAUAUAUUGGUCAGAAAUUGGAUACAUGACAUUCUACGAUACAACUGUUGAAACGGGGGAAAAAAAAGAUAUUUAAAAAUAGAAAAAAAUACUGUUUAAGUCAUUUAUUAAACAGUGACACCUUUUCUGUGCAACAUUGCUGUAAAAUAUAAAUCUACUGCAAAUUGUGCACCUGCACAUAUAGAGGAAACAAACCACAACCACUGAUAUCGCUUGGAAAGAUCAGGAUGAAUGGCACCCUUAAUUUCUUUAAAGUUUUAAAUCUUUAAAAAUAAAUAAAUAAAUAAAAAGUGCCAUAGGUGUCAGCAGUUGAGCUUGGAGUGGGGCAAUGAUAAAAUUGGUGGGUCUUUUCUUCGUAUAUGACCUUAUUUGCUUGGUUUGAGCACUUCCACUAUCUGCUUCAGCAUUUAAGAUGCCAGACUUGCUCAGUCACAGUCUUCCUCACCUUAAAAACAACAAAAUAAAACAAAAAAUAUUAGCUACUUCAUAGCUUUUGAGUUAAAAUCCUAAUUUUCUUUUUUUGUGUUGGAAGUAUCGAAUUAAAAAAAAAUAUGAAUUGAAUGUAUAGAAAUUAAAAAUGCAAUAAUUACCUAUUUUUAAUAUGUAAGCAACAUUAAUUAUCAUGCACAUCACUUUAUAUAUCUUGGAACCUAUUCAAACCAUUUUUUAGCUUAUUGUAUCAAAAUGACAGUAAUAACAGUUUGUGUAGUAAACUAGAUGGAAAGUGGUUCUCAAAUAAUAUCAAAUAAAUCGGUAAAUUCAUGUGGGCUUGUUCGAUAUUCAUUUUCAUCCAGUUUAGGGUCCUGGUUUAUUUUAUAUCAUUCAACACCAAAUGUCAUCAAAAUAAUACAUGUAAAUUAAAAAGUCAAUUACAUUGCAAAACUUUCUUACCUCAAGUGAUGAAAGCUAAGCUCACAAACUCCUGUGUCCACUACGUCACCAGCUACAAGUGAAACUUAUUUUUCUAAGACAAUUCUUGCAUACAGCAAAGUCCUUGUUCACCUUACUUCCUUUCUUGUUGGUGUAAAAUCUAAAGUGUGUCCCCAUGUGUGAUUUGUAGCAAUAUUUUGCUCAUUUUUUCCUCCACCGUUCUCACGGAGCUUUUUUAUUUUUUCAACCCACUUGGAGCUACAUUUCUUCUUCUCUAGACGACUUGUGCGCACUUUACCCUCACCGCCACUCCCGAGCGCCCCUAGUGGACCGCCAAGGAAUUGCUCAACAAACAUUGAGCAGUUGACAGCAUCCAUACUCCAUUGUAUGGCCAAUAUGUUAAAUAAAAGUAUCGAUACUUGGCGGGAGCAUAUCGAUAACCGAUCGGGUUGCAAAAUAUCGCGAUAUAUCGCUGUAUCGAGAUAUUGUCACACUCUUAAUGUAUAGUAAGGCUUUUUCCUUCUAAAAACCAUGCAUAGUAAGGCUUUUAGCUCCUAAAAAUGAUCAUGUAUAGUAAGGCUUUUUGUCAAAAAAAUCAUGUAUCAAAGACCACGUAUAGUAAGGCUUUUUUCCCUCUAAAAACCAUGUAAAGCAAGGCUUUUUUGUCAAAAAACCCCAAAACAAACCAUGUAUAGUAAGGUUUUUCUUCUAAAAACGACCAUGUAUAGUAAGGCUUUUUGUCAAAAAAAAAAAACAA